UUUUCGAGUGAAGGACCCGGAGCCGAAACACCGGUAGGAGCGGGGAGGUGGGUACUACACAACCGUCUCCAGCCUUGGUCUGAGUGGUCUGUCCUGCAGGCACGUCUAGUUUUUCCCACUUACAUAGGUCUUGUUAAGAAACCAGUCCUGCCUUCUUGCCACUCGUGUCUUUCGAUGGCUCCCUUCCCGAAGUCCCGCUGCCUCUAAGCGGAGUGUUAAGCGGGGCUCUCGGAAGCCGGUGGACCGAGAUUUCCCCGGGUGGGGCGGGCGCGGUGUAGCGGCCCGCGGGCUGACUUGCUCCCGGCUGUCCCCCGGCCCCAGCGACCAUGCCCCGUAAAGGCACCCAGCCCUCCACUGCCCGGCGCAGAGAGGAAGGGCCGCCGCCGCCGUCCCCUGACGGCGCCAGCAGCGACGCGGAGCCUGAGCCGCCGUCCGGCCGCACGGAGAGCCCAGCCACCGCCGCAGAGACUGCAAGUGAGGAACUUGAUAAUAGAAGUUUAGAAGAGAUUUUGAAUAGCAUUCCUCCUCCCCCGCCUCCAGCAAUGACCAAUGAAGCUGGAGCUCCGCGGCUUAUGAUAACUCAUAUUGUAAACCAGAACUUCAAAUCCUAUGCUGGGGAGAAAAUUCUGGGACCUUUCCAUAAGCGCUUUUCCUGUAUUAUCGGGCCAAAUGGCAGUGGCAAAUCCAAUGUUAUUGAUUCUAUGCUUUUUGUGUUUGGCUAUCGAGCACAAAAAAUAAGAUCUAAAAAACUCUCAGUAUUAAUACAUAAUUCUGAUGAACACAAGGACAUUCAGAGUUGUACAGUAGAAGUUCAUUUUCAAAAGAUAAUUGAUAAGGAAGGGGAUGAUUAUGAAGUCAUUCCUAACAGUAAUUUCUGUGUAUCCAGAACGGCCUACAGAGAUAAUACUUCUGUCUAUCACAUAAGUGGAAAGAAAAAGACAUUUAAGGAUGUUGGAAAUCUUCUUCGAAGCCAUGGAAUUGACUUGGACCAUAAUAGAUUUUUAAUUUUACAGGGCGAAGUUGAACAAAUUGCUAUGAUGAAACCAAAAGGCCAGACUGAACACGAUGAGGGUAUGCUUGAAUAUUUAGAAGAUAUAAUUGGUUGUGGACGGCUAAAUGAACCUAUUAAAGUCUUGUGUCGGAGAGUUGAAAUAUUAAAUGAACACAGAGGAGAGAAGUUAAACAGGGUAAAGAUGGUGGAAAAGGAAAAGGAUGCCUUAGAAGGAGAGAAAAACAUAGCUAUCGAAUUUCUUACCUUGGAAAAUGAAAUAUUUAGAAAGAAGAAUCAUGUUUGUCAAUAUUAUAUUUAUGAGUUGCAGAAACGAAUUGCUGAAAUGGAAACUCAAAAGGAAAAAAUUCAUGAAGAUACCAAAGAAAUUAAUGAGAAGAGCAAUAUACUAUCAAAUGAAAUGAAAGCUAAGAAUAAAGAUGUAAAAGAUACAGAAAAGAAACUGAAUAAAAUUACAAAAUUUAUUGAGGAGAAUAAAGAAAAAUUUACACAGCUAGAUUUGGAAGAUGUUCAAGUUAGAGAAAAAUUAAAACAUGCCACGAGUAAAGCCAAAAAACUGGAAAAACAACUUCAAAAAGAUAAAGAAAAGGUUGAAGAAUUUAAAAGUAUACCUGCCAAGAGUAACAAUAUCAUUAAUGAAACAACAACCAGAAACAAUGCCCUCGAGAAGGAAAAAGAGAAAGAAGAAAAAAAAUUAAAGGAAGUUAUGGAUAGCCUUAAACAGGAAACACAAGGGCUUCAGAAAGAAAAAGAAAGUCGAGAGAAAGAACUUAUGGGUUUCAGCAAAUCGGUAAAUGAAGCACGUUCAAAGAUGGAUGUAGCCCAGUCAGAACUUGAUAUCUAUCUCAGUCGUCAUAAUACUGCAGUGUCUCAAUUAACUAAGGCUAAGGAAGCUCUAAUUGCAGCUUCUGAGACUCUCAAAGAAAGGAAAGCUGCAAUCAGAGAUAUAGAAGGAAAACUCCCUCAAACUGAACAAGAAUUAAAGGAGAAAGAAAAAGAACUUCAAAAACUUACACAAGAAGAAACAAACUUUAAAAGUUUGGUUCAUGAUCUCUUUCAAAAAGUUGAAGAAGCAAAGAGCUCAUUAGCAAUGAAUCGAAGUAGGGGGAAAGUCCUUGAUGCAAUAAUUCAAGAAAAAAAAUCUGGCAGGAUUCCAGGAAUAUAUGGAAGAUUGGGGGACUUAGGAGCCAUUGAUGAAAAAUACGAUGUGGCUAUAUCAUCCUGUUGUCAUGCACUGGACUACAUUGUUGUUGAUUCUAUUGAUACAGCCCAAGAAUGUGUAAACUUCCUUAAAAGACAAAAUAUUGGAGUUGCAACCUUUAUAGGUUUAGAUAAGAUGGCUGUAUGGGCGAAAAAGAUGACCGAAAUUCAAACUCCUGAAAAUACUCCUCGUUUAUUUGAUUUAGUAAAAGUAAAAGAUGAGAAAAUUCGCCAAGCUUUUUAUUUUGCUUUACGAGAUACCUUAGUAGCUGACAACUUGGAUCAAGCCACAAGAGUAGCAUAUCAAAAAGAUAGAAGAUGGAGAGUGGUAACUUUACAGGGACAAAUCAUAGAACAGUCAGGUACAAUGACUGGUGGUGGAAGCAAAGUAAUGAAAGGAAGAAUGGGUUCCUCACUUGUUAUUGAAAUCUCUGAAGAAGAGGUAAACAAAAUGGAAUCACAGUUGCAAAACGACUCUAAAAAAGCAAUGCAAAUCCAAGAACAGAAAGUACAACUUGAAGAAAGAGUAGUUAAGUUACGGCAUAGUGAACGAGAAAUGAGGAACACACUAGAAAAAUUUACUGCAAGCAUCCAGCGUUUAAUAGAGCAAGAAGAAUAUUUGAAUGUCCAAGUUAAGGAACUUGAAGCUAAUGUACUUGCUACAGCCCCUGACAAAAAAAAGCAGAAAUUGCUAGAAGAAAACGUUAGUGCUUUCAAAACAGAAUAUGAUGCUGUGGCUGAGAAAGCUGGUAAAGUAGAAGCUGAGGUUAAACGCUUACACAAUACCAUCGUAGAAAUCAAUAAUCAUAAACUCAAGGCCCAACAAGACAAACUUGAUAAAAUAAAUAAGCAAUUAGAUGAAUGUGCUUCUGCUAUUACUAAAGCCCAAGUAGCAAUCAAGACUGCUGACAGAAACCUUCAAAAGGCACAAGACUCUGUCUUGCGUACAGAGAAAGAAAUAAAAGAUACUGAGAAAGAGGUGGAUGACCUAACAGCAGAGCUGAAAAGUCUUGAGGACAAAGCAGCAGAGGUCAUAAAGAAUACAAAUGCUGCAGAGGAAUCCUUACCAGAGAUCCAGAAAGAACAUCGCAAUCUGCUUCAAGAAUUAAAAGUUAUUCAAGAAAAUGAACAUGCUCUUCAAAAAGAUGCACUUAGUAUUAAGUUGAAACUUGAACAAAUAGAUGGUCACAUUGCUGAACAUAAUUCUAAAAUAAAAUAUUGGCACAAAGAGAUUUCAAAAAUAUCACUGCAUCCUAUAGAAGAUAAUCCUAUUGAAGAGAUUUCAGUUCUAAGCCCAGAGGAUCUUGAAGCGAUCAAGAAUCCAGAUUCUAUAACAAAUCAAAUUGCACUUUUGGAAGCCCGGUGUCAUGAAAUGAAACCAAACCUCGGUGCCAUCGCAGAGUAUAAAAAGAAGGAAGAAUUGUAUUUGCAACGGGUAGCAGAAUUGGACAAAAUUACUUAUGAAAGAGACAAUUUUAGGCAGGCAUAUGAAGAUCUUCGGAAACAAAGGCUUAAUGAAUUUAUGGCAGGUUUUUAUAUAAUAACAAAUAAAUUAAAGGAAAAUUACCAAAUGCUUACUUUGGGAGGGGACGCUGAACUCGAGCUUGUAGACAGCUUGGAUCCUUUCUCUGAAGGAAUCAUGUUCAGUGUUCGACCACCUAAGAAAAGUUGGAAAAAGAUCUUCAACCUUUCGGGAGGAGAGAAAACACUUAGUUCAUUGGCUUUAGUAUUUGCUCUUCACCACUACAAGCCCACUCCCCUUUACUUCAUGGAUGAGAUUGAUGCAGCCCUUGAUUUUAAAAAUGUGUCCAUUGUUGCAUUUUAUAUAUAUGAACAAACAAAAAAUGCACAGUUCAUAAUAAUUUCUCUUCGAAAUAAUAUGUUUGAGAUUUCAGAUAGACUUAUUGGAAUUUACAAGACAUACAACAUAACAAAAAGUGUUGCUGUAAAUCCAAAAGAAAUUGCAUCUAAGGGACUUUGUUGAACUUUAUGCUGAAGAUUCUUCAAGUUGAUUCAGUGUAUUACUGAUUUUUUUCUAUUUGUAAAGGAUUAUGAGUUGUAUAAAAUACAUACUCCUUAAACUAGAUCAUGAAACUGGUUUCUGUUUUAUGCAGCUGUCAUUUGUAAAGUCUAAUAAAAUAUUCUCUAUAAUUGCUUCUAGAUUACAAAAAUAUGACAAUCUUGUAAGUAGCAGACUAUGGAGAAAAAUGAGUUACCUGGAGGGUCAGGUAACUUGCCAAACUAAAAAGUAUGUUUGUUGAGGCAAAGUCCUAAGCAAGGUUGUGCUAUCAAGGCUCAGCAUAUCUUCGUGGGCCUUUGAUUUACCAACACUGGAAACGCCUGCCAACUAAUCUUGGAUAGAUUCUUUAAGGCAUUCCACUUAGCUUGCCAGUUGAGACAGUCACCACAGUUAUUACCCAAAUACUAUGAACAUAUUUUUGUAAACCAGUCAUUCUGAAUUAUAGUGAUGAGAAUUUAAAUAUAUGCUUUUCUAGAAUUUGAUGUUUGACCAUUUAUGACUUAAUUACCAGACAGCCAGUAAAUUAGGACAGUGUUUCAACAAGCCUAGGCUAUCUCGUAAGUUGAAAAAUAUCCCACUAUAGUUGCUUCAUGAGUAUGAAGUAAGAUGGCCUCUGAACACUGGUUCAAUUUACAAAUUUUCAACUUUAUGAUAGGUUUAUCUGGGUACUAAAUGCAUUUCAACUUGAUAGUUUCAACUUAUGAUAGGUUUACCAGGAUGUAGUCCCACUGUUGAGGAGCAUCUGUAUUUAGGGGUUAAUUACUUUAGUAAUAAGUGGAAAGUAAGAUACCUUGAGUAGUGUUUGCCUAUAAAAUUGUCAGCGUAUUUUUACACUAUUGGCUCAAGAAUGUUAUAAUGCUAUGGGACAUAAGUUGGCAACCAGUUGGUUUUUGGAAGGACUUUCGGUAUUGUAUUAGAAGUCUGCCCUAGCUGUUAAAUUUCUGGGUAUUUAUCCUAAGGAAUUAAUUAAAGAGUUAACUGUUCCUUUCUUCAGUGGGCCAUGUUUUAGAUAUUUAAAAAAUCCAACAGUUUAUCAUCACGUAACUGUAAAAAUGUAAACACAUUAUUAGCAUGGACUUUUAAAUAAAGAUUUAAAGAAAGCAA